AUUCAUUCUCUGUCGCUAUUAGUAUCAGAGACAUGCCAAAGAGCUCGAAAAAGAAGAAGGAGAAGGUGGUCGACUUCUCGAAAGCCAAAUUGAAACUUGGCAAAGGCAAGCAGCUGCCAAGCAAUGCAGUGGAUACUUCGUUCAAAGCUCGUAGUGAGUAUUGGAUUUGGUUGCAGUUGUAGGCCGGGAUGUAUUAUGGUUGAAGGCAUUGCACUUCCCACCCAGAGUAUUGCUGUAGAGAAGGAUGCUACACUUCCUACCACCAGGAGGAAACAGUCAUUUGAUGACCUGGUUUCGCUCAUGAAACACCACAAUGCGAAUACCCGGAAAGAUGCUAUCUUGAGCUUUCGGGAGUUGUUUGAAUUGCAUCCUGACAUUGUAGAAUCCUCAAUGACCAUACUACUAGGGGCCUGUGUCCGCUUGAUUGGAGAUGAGGAUGCAGGUGUUCGAAAGGCACUGCUUUCAUUUUUGUGUUGGCUGCUACCUCUUGUUUCGAAGGAGGACCUGAUCCCUCAUGUUCCAUUGCUCAUUCUUUUUACUACAUCAGCCCAGACCCAUAUCUUCCCAGAAAUCAGGAUUGAUGCCAUGCGAUUCUUAGACUUGUUUCUUGAAUUAGUUCCAGAAAGCGUAGUGGAUGGUUGGAUACAAGGAAACCCUGGACACGGAAAAAGAGUUUUAGAGGGAUACUUGGGGAUAUUGAGCGCAGGAACCAAAUAUGGCGAUACCGAAGGUAAGAGUUACAACGCUUUUCGAGCUCAUUCGAAGCUCGUCGUACUGAAGUCACUUUCGGCAUUCCUCACUCAUGCGGUAUCACGACAACUGCGACCGUCAAAUCAUGCAACUUCUAACCUAGACCCAGCCGCAGUCCCAUUACCAACGUGGUUCCUCUCUCCUUCUUUCCGCUCUGCUCGGUCAUUCAGUGCUUACGAACGAUUAUUCCAAUCUGAGUCGGUUGAUUGUCAACUUCAGCUUGAUGCCGAGCACCCUCGCGAUGAUUUUAUAUGUAUGCUGGACUUCGCGACUGGCCCAUUAGCCACAGCUUGGUCUUUAAAUGACCUUUCUGGUUUAUCACUAGCUCGAACUGAACCAUUGACUCAUCUAAAUAGUAAUACUUCCUCUCUCAUCCAUUUGGCCCGAACGCUUUACUCGACUUUACUUGCUUCGUAUCUUGAUUGCGCCCCCGUUGUCUUUUCACCCAGCGCGAAUCCUCCUGAAGCAGAGCUCAACCUUCUUACCGUGACGGCGCGAAUCAUGAGGACGCUCUAUGGAUCAAUUUUGCAAGACAGGUUCUCCUUGAGCCUCGCAGAGGAGGAAACCCUUUGCGACGAGAUAAGUACCUUGCUUGGUUAUAUGACAGGGUACUUUCCGUUCAGGCCUGCGCGCCGAGAAAUCAAGGUGGAACAUGCAUUCCAAGAUCUGAAUGUAAUCUACUGCGAGCUCACAGCACUGUUGGUUCUCGUAUCCUUCCGCCGACCAUCAGGAGAUAUCUUACGCAAAGUCCGCUUUCCAACUUCUCGAUCACAUGCUUCUACUUCUCAUGUCAAACAUGAGGGCAAGCUAGCCUUACAGGCCGGCUUGGUCAGAACAUACGUCACUCGUCUUCUGCUCGGGGAAGACAGCUCUGGGGCACAGAUUUCAAGGCCGCUAAUCCCGACGAUGUACAUCGCGCUGCUACCCACGAUCUGGGCUCUCCUAAACCAGCCGAAGGAGAGCCACACGCGGAGUCAAGGCGAGGUCCCCACAGACACCGUAUUAUCCGCGAUGCUCGAUCACGCAAUUAGGACGACAUCGAGCUCUGCUGUCAAGGCGCUCACUGUGGAAUUUGUAGCUCGAUUCUUUUGGUGUCUCGAAACAGAGACAGACUAUUGCGGACAUUUUGAUGUACGCAACACAGGGGAGCAGAAGAAAUUCCAAGAAUGGAUAUUACACCUCCCAAGGACGCUUUGGGAAAUAGGUCCUCACAACCUGGCCGCUUCCGAGACAGUCAUCAGAUCAUUGUUACGUCUCCUCCAGCGUGGCUCCAUCAUGAUCAAGCAUGAGGAAAUCAUGGGAUUGCAAACUCGCCUCACACCCUUUUUCAUGAUCACACAUCCUGUUCGUGGUCGGCUUCCCGGCCCGUUCACCAAAAUCCCUACUUCUUCACUGCUUAUCCGAAGGUUGGCGGUGGACCUUGUAGUUACGAUCCUCUCAGUCUCAACGAGAUCGGAGGGGGAGGAGAGAGAGAAUCUUAUGAUCGCGGUGGGUAGUGCAGUAUCAGGCACCCUCGAGGAAGGUUAUUGGCAGCAACUUGUGAGAGCAACAGGGCUGUCGUGAGACCUUGUGAUGCGGCUAUAUUCGCUUUCGGCCUGCAGUAGUUUUUCACAUCAGAUGACGAUUAGGCUACUGCCUGCCUGUGUUGCAAGCACGACAUCGUUUGAGGCCGCGGGGAUACUGCGCCUUUCAGUUAGCAUGAUUCGGUGUCUUUCCAUCGUUUUUUCGAGGGAGCGUUCGUGUGGUAAUCACAAUGCUUGGACAACGGCAACGAUGCGGAAAUGAAAUGUCACACUUGAUUGAUCUGAUUCCUCGAUUCCAGGACCGAGAGCAGAAGUAUCGGGAAUGAACGACUGUCCGCCUAACUUGGAGCGCCGAAACAUAGCCUAACCGCACGAGGAUGAUAACGAGACUGAUUUCUGAUGUCGUACUAUAAGACUUGCAACGAGUCAUGACCGGUUGACCACUCAACGUUUGAACAUUGA